AUGUAUGAAAAACCUACAAAUGAGAAUGGUAGAAAAAACAAUUCUUCAUCUUGCAAUGUUUGUAGAUUGAAAAAGAAGAGAUGUAUCUAUACAAGUAAUGGUUCGUGUCAGCAGUGCAUCAAACAUAACCAAGAUUGUAUAUUCGGUCCCCAGAAAAAGAGGGGCCCUAAAAGUUCUAAGAAUGUAACUGGUUCAAGCACUCAAUCUAAUGCUAAUAGGGAUUUACAAACUGUGCGUGAAGCAAUUUUUCAAUUUAGAAGUGGAAAUCGACAAUCUUUACUCGAUCUAAUUCAAGACGUUUUGACAAAUAGAAAUUGGUUUGAUAACGAACAAAUCUUAAUCAAUUUAUUUAUAAACAGAAAUUCGAAUAGAACCCCUGAAUUUAAUCAA